CGAGCGGGAUCCUUCGGCGGCUUGACACCGCGCGUGGCGUCGUCUGAAAUAAUAGGCGUGGUUUUGGAUGGAGAUGCUCCGUCUGCUCCCGCUGGGAUCCCCACCUGCCCUCGCAGCGCGCCGUGGCCGAGCCUGAGCCCGCGCCGCCACUCGCCGCCGAUUUUGCGUCGACACACAGGGCGUGCGAUUCCGUCUCCGCUUCGAAGGGCGCACCGCGAUUUCGGCCGCGUGGACGCGAGGGGGUUGCGGGCUUCUCAUCACCUCCGAGGCGGCGGCGCACAGCUCGGCCUCCGCGCGGGAGCCGCGCCGGCAGAGCGAGCGCGGCGCAGCGCCCCGGUUCACGCGCAGGGCUGUUCGACGCGCAGGUCGCGCCCGCAGUGCUUCGCGAGGAUGGAAACGACGCGCAAGACACCGAGGAGAUGGCAGUGGCUCGGCGCCUUCGUGGUGAUGUCUGUUUUACUUGCGGCGGACGGCAAGAAAGCCAAGCAGCUCUCCUGUCCCUCCUUUUGCACAUGUACCAAAGAUAACGCGCUGUGCGAAGGCGCAAAACUGAUCCCUCGCAUCUUCCCCUACGAUGUCAUAUCAGUAUCAUUCGUCAAGUCCAAGUUCACAGAAAUCCCGAACGAGAGCUUCAUCCUCACCCCAGCCCUGCACCUCCUCCUGUUCACAGCCAACAACCUGGAAUCUAUAAAUGAAGAUGCUUUUCUUGGUCUUCCUCAUCUGGAGUAUCUGUUCAUCGAGAACAACCAGAUCAAGUCGAUAUCGCCGUAUGCUUUCCGUGGACUGAAGACUUUAGUGCAUCUGAGUCUGGCCUACAACAAUCUGGAGACUUUGCCCAAGGAUUCAUUUAAUGGUCUCGAAGCCCUAACGAAAGUAGACCUGCGGGGCAACCAGUUCACCUGCGACUGCAAGCUGAAGUGGCUGGUGGAGUGGAUCUACAGCACCAACGCCACGGUGGACCAGAUUUACUGUAAAGGCCCGGCUUCACAGCUGGACAAGAAGAUCAACGACCUGGUGCCGAACUCGUUCGACUGCAUCACCACAGAGUUCGCGUCCUACCAGUCUCUGAAGUUUGAGUCCAUAUCAGUGGAGGCCUUUUCCUUUGGUAACGACCAGUAUGUGGUGUUUGCUCAGCCCUUCAUUGGAAAAUGCAGCUUUCUAGAGUGGGAUCAUGUGGAGAUGGUCUUUAGAAACUUUGACGACAUUGACAGCACAUCCACUGUGAUUUGCAAACCCAUGGUCAUUGACAACCAGCUGUUCAUCAUCGUGGCUCAGUUGUUUGGAGGGUCACACAUCUAUAAGCGUGACACGUCAGCCAACAAGUUCAUCAAGCUUCAGGGCAUCGACAUCCUCAAAAUCCGCAAGCCAAACGAUGUGGAGACUUUCAGCAUCGACGGAGAAUCCUUCUUCGUCAUAGCCGACAGCUCCAAGGCCGGUUCCACCACGAUCUACAAGUGGAACGGCAACGGCUUCUACUCGCACCAGUCGCUCCACCCCUGGUACCGAGACACCGACGUUGAAUUCAUGGAGAUCUCCACCAAACCCCACCUGAUCCUGUCCAGCAGCUCCCAGCGGCCCGUCAUCUACCAGUGGAACAAGGGCACCAAGCUGUUCGAACGGCGCACCGACAUCCCAGAGAUGGAGGACGUGUACUCCGUGAAGCACUUCCUGGUCAAGUCCGAGCUGUACAUCUGCCUGACGCGCUUCAUCGGCGACUCCAAGGUGAUGCGCUGGGACGGGGCCCUCUUCAGGGAGCUGCAGACCAUGCCCUCGCGCGGCUCCAUGGUCUUCCAGCCCUUCGCCGUGGGCAGCUGGCAGUACGCCAUCCUGGGCAGCGAUUACUCCUUCACUCAGGUGUACCGCUGGGACGCCAAGAAAGGCGAGUUCGUCCACUUCCAGGAGCUGAACAUCCAGGCGCCGAGGGCCUUCUCCCCCGUUUCCAUAGACAACCGGCAGUUCCUGCUGGCAUCCAGUUUCAAAGGGAAAACUCAGAUCUAUGAGCACCUGGUCAUCGAUCUAAGCAAUUGAGCAGCUGCUUCUUGUACCGACCGAUUGUUGGUGUGAUCCUUGUUGUGGGGUCUUGUGCAUCUAGAGAAGGCCACACUGUACAUUUGAUCCUAACUUGAGACAGCCAGGCGUCACUCUUAUUUAUUUUUGAGAACCAUCUCAGAAAUGAGUUGCAUGCAUAGAUGUGAUACUGAAUGCAUGCAUCAAAGUCAACUACACAUGGCUGAGAUACAUGAUGGGUCGAAUGCUUGCGUCUCAAGUUAGGAUUGGCCUCCAAAACACGACCGCAUGUCCGGGGCCUCACAGACUGUCUCAUCCUGAACAUCCACGCUCAUUAAUCAUUGCCCAGUUCCUUAGCUUAUUGUUUUCAAAGGUCAUGUGUCUUAACAGUGUUUAUACGUUUAUAAUAUCAUAUAUUUAUCUACAGAAAGUUAUAAUGAAAUGGUACUUUUUAACCUAUUAACGUGUUUAACUGAACAAAUCUGCCAAAAUGAAACGUUUACAUUUUUCUCUUUCCACUUAUUCUAGAAGAAAUUUGUAAAACACGCUUUUGUAAGUUUGAGAGGGACCACACCUGUUACAUAUUUGUUAAAGGACACUGAAAAUAUUUUGUAAUUUGGAAAAUGAAAUGCUGUGUGAGAAGCCACAUGUGUGUCCCUGCAACUCCACAUUUUUCUUGUAAAUGCUUUGUAGUGGCAAAUACAGGCGUUCAUAAACGGUGUGGAAAACGCGUUUUCACACACUUAAACUGUAAUGGGGGAAAUUAGCAUAUACAUCAUAAGGCUUUAACUUUAAAAUGUGUAUGCAAAAUACAUUGUUACCUGUGUCAUUAGGAUUAAGCUAUCCGCUAUCCAGUACCAAUAAAGCUUUACAUCAUCCCGUUCUCAUCUAAA